GGCCUUUCUGAUCCACGCAGCGCCCCCUGGCGGACGCGUUUUUUCCUCCCCUCAGGAAACUAACAGUCGACGCGUAACGCUACGAACCGUCCCGUAUAAAGCGAGGUCUCUUUACAACCCUAUAAAGCGCACAGUUGUCCCCUCACAGCCACUGUAUUCUCAAUAAAUGUCAACAGCACUGCGUGUAUUUUUAGCGCGGCCAUUGAUAAUGUCGGUGAGCGAAUGCGCAUAGAGGUCGUUCCCGGUUACAGAACGCCCGCGCGUUUUACACGGCAUGCCCGUGUUCAGGUUUGGUGUCAUUCUGACCCCAGAGCGUUUGGACAUCGAGGUGUUCGUGCUGGGCUCCCGGCCGGAGAUGGGUCACUGGGAUCCGGACCGAGCCGUGAAGAUGAGCCCGAGCCGCCCGGUUCUGUCCACCCGCGAGCCGCGUCUGUGGACCGGAGACGUGCGUCUGUCUGAGGCGCCCACGGACACGCUGUGGUUUAAGUUCAUAAAGCGUGUCGACGGAGACUUCAUUUGGGAAGGCAGUGGGCCACAUCAUGACCGACACUGUGUGUAUGACGACAGUAACAUGGUGGACGGGGUGCACUGCCAUCCCAUUGGUCACUGGAUUGAAGAGACGGGCCACACAGAUGAGAUGAAGCACACUACCAACUUUUACUUCAGCGUAGCGGGACAGCAAGCCAUCCACUUCUCUCAGGUGCUGCCACGUGUCUGGUUGGGCAGCUGCCCUCGACGGCUCGAACAUGUAACAAUAAAACUGAAGCAGGAACUGGGUGUUACAGCGGUGAUGAACUUUCAGACAGAGUUGGACGUCAUAAACAACUCCCACGGCUGCCGGCGUGACCUCAGCCAGCCCAUGAUCCCCGAGACCAUGACGAACCUGUACAAAGACUGUGGCCUUUCGUACAUCUGGAUCCCCACUCCAGACAUGAGCACGGACGGACGCACACGGAUGCUGCCGCAGGCCGUGUUCUUGCUCUACGGACUGCUGGAGAACGGUCACACAGUGUACGUUCACUGUAACGCAGGAGUGGGUCGCUCCACCGCCGCCGUGUGCGGGCUCCUGAUGUACGUGUUGGGCUGGGGACUCAGGAAAGUGCAGUACUACCUCACUUCCAGAAGGGCAGCGGUCUAUAUAGACGAGGAAGCGCUGGUGAGAGCCCAAAAUGACUUUCGUAUGAAGUUCGGACGCCUCCGGAUGUCUGCCUGCAACGCGGAGACAUGAAAACAGCGCCCUCUUCUGGACGGGAGAACAAAGAGACUUUAAUAACGGCAAAAACACUACUGUCGCACAUCGAUCCAGUGUAACCACAUGAGUGUAUUGCUCUGUUUAUCCUUUGAAAUGUUUUCCCAGGCUCGCCUGGUUAUUGUUCAUUCAUCUUGACAUGGUCGUCAUUUAAAAAGGCACCUUGAGGCAGCAGUCGCCUCAGACUGCUAAUGUAACGGUUAUUAUUCAUAUAUCUGCCCCUUUUCUCCUCUAACAUGCCUCUUUCAUUCAUUUACGAAUGUAACUAUAUUCUUGUUAUAUAUUCUUGUCAUAGCAAUUUCCCUGCCCUUGAAAUAAGCUGCCAUAAUGAAAAGCUCUUUCCACUUGACCUUUCAAUAAAUAUAGACUAGUGUCACCACAUUAGGAGACUUUGUGUGAAAAAUGAAAAGAUUUGCUCCAGAAAAUAAAAGAACAAAAAAAGGUUCAUUGGGUUACAUAGAAGGUACCAUUAAUGAACCUCAAGUCAAAUACAGGAAUAAAUAGUAGAGUGUAAGCACAAGAGGGAAAAAAGAGAAAUAUCGAUACAGGUUUUUCAUCCUUGUCCAGGAAAAUCCAAAAUAAUCAUUUAUACAAAUAACAGUAACACUAGGCCUGACAUUUACUUAAAUAAAUAUAAUCAAAUUCAAUCGAAUUGUAAUAAUAAUACAAAAAACACAAAUUAUAGAUACACUAGCAUGCAAACAUUUCAAAAUUAUUAUUUUGAUGUAACAUUACUUUAUUAUUAUUAUUAUUAUUAUUAUCAGCGUAGAAUUUAUUCGAAAUAUUUUGUGCCUUACAGGAAUAGUUCAACCAAACAUGAAUAUUCCGUCAUCAUUUACGCAUCCAUUUUUUUUGUUCUGCCAACACAAAGGAAAACGCUGUAAAAAAACAUUUCCUUACAAUUUACAGUAAAAAAAAAAAGCAGCCGUGGUUGCCAGAAUUCAACCGUAAAAAAUACGGUAACAGCAUUUUAGGUUUUGCGGUUUUAUUGUAAUUUAACGAACUGAUGUAAUGUUAAUAAACCAACCUAUUAAAGCA